AUGUCGUCGCCCGAUCUUGCCCCUGCGCGCGAGGCAGAGAUAGACAGCGAUGCUAGACCUCGGGUUUGUGAUAACUGUAUCCGACUGGAAUGGUACAUAGACACAAUCAACCAUGCGUUCCCCGUCUUCCCCUAUGCUCCGUCCGAUGGUGCCGGUGUCGAGGUCGUGUCGAGCUGCAGUCGUGAUCUCGUCCAGACACUCGUCGUCAUCGCGGCCAAGCUGUCCGGCUUCGUCAGCACAUCCUUUGAUUCAUCCGAACUCAACGCCCACAUCGACCAGAUCCUCAGCUCCGUGUCCCUGCAAGAGGACAUCGCCGGUGACACGCCAACUCUCGACCAGUUCCGAAAGUUCUGCCUGCUUGCCUUUUACGAGUUCCACCAGUUCCCUGGCCAGCAGGCAUGGACCCGCAUCGGCAAACUCACCCGGUUGGCGCACUGGACUGGUCUGGAUCAACUGGAUAGGUUGCACGAGAUCGCCCCGCCGUGGACAAUAUUGAGCAAGGAUAGACUGGAGGAGUGGCGUCUAGUCUGGUGGUGCAUCUACGCCCUCGAUUCCUACGCCAGUGUCUCGACCGGGAUGCCCUACGAAAUCGACGAGGGGCUCAUCAAUACCGCCCUCCCACAAGGCCUGCCAACAGACCAGAGCCGAGAAUUCUACCUACCUCACCGCCACGACGGCCUGCUCAAUCUCGUUCAGAAGCUACUAUCAGACUCCCCGCGUCAAACUCUCGGCCUCGAAAUCCACAUCAUCAGCAUCACCGUCCUCCGCCACGCCGGCCGGGCCCUCCGACUGCACGUCCUUGGCAAACAGGACGACUGCGCCAAAGUCGUCGCCGACACGGAGCGGCGCAUCUCCGAGGUCCGCCUCGCCCUGCCGGGGAACCUCUUCAACCCCCGCCGCAACGCCUUCGCGAACGAGUCCGCCGCGACCCACCACUUCCGCCUCGUCACUGCCAUGCAUCUGCACAUGGCGCAGAUGCUCAUGACGCUCAUCAACUGCCGGCGCCUGGCGGAGGAGCACGCCUGGCUGCUCAAGUGGCAGCAGGUCCUGGAGAUCUGCCAGGACGUGGCGGCUAUCGCCAAGCAGUGGAACAGCAGCUUCUUCCUCAGCGUCGACCCGGCCGUGUCCAUCAUCGCGUUCAUCGCGCUCAUCUUUUUGGAUUUGCAUCUGAAGUUCAACGGUAAUGCUGGUGCUGAAAUUGGGGAUGAUCUGCGCACGGAGAUUGAGCACUGCGAGACGGUCUUGUUGCUUUUCCUGGAGCAGUUUGCCAAGUCGUGGACCAUGCCGCGCCUCCUGAUUCGUGAGUCAAACCCAUCCUUCUCUUCAGUACUGCUGUAUCCGAUCGCGUUGCUGCGCAUGGUUGAAUUGGGCUAUUUGUCGACUAACAUCGCUCUUGGAAAGUCUCGUUCAAAAGCUUCAAAGAGUCUCUCAACGGCCCUGUCGGAUACCAACAAGUCCGUGCCGUGUUUCUCCAUUUCCAAAGUCCGCUGCAUCCUAGGUGGUUGCAGUUCCUGA